UUCACUGUUUCUCUCAAAAUCGAAAGUAAACUCGACAGGAAAUGUGCAUUUUGAAGACUUAAAAAUUUCACAAAUAUCCCCCUUCACGCAGUCCAAGAAAGACGAUGGCAUCUGUUCCAGAACUGCUUCUUCAUACUCUAAAUGAGCUGACACGAGAAGAUCUGAUGAGAUUUAAAUGGUACUUAAAACAUGAUGGACGCAUCAGAACUAGUGUACUGGAACAUGCUGAUAGAAUUGAUAUAGUGGAUAAAAUGGUGCAGUAUUUUGGAGCAGAAGGAGCUGUGGAGAUCACAGUGAACAUCCUGAGGAAGAUAAACCAGAACCACCUGGCUGAAGAGUUAGAGAACAACUACACUGAAGUGCAAACAGUAUCGGCAGCUGAGAAACACAGAAGAAAACAAGAUGAUUCUUGGCUACAGAAAUUCAUGGAAACUCACAAAAUGAACAUGAAGAGGAAAGUAGAGCACAUUUUUGAGGGUAAAAAGGAAAAUAAAGCACAUCUCGAGGAUGUUUUCACUGAACUCUAUAUUACGGAGGGUAAUCUUGAAGAAGUCAAUCAAGAACAUGAGAUUAUGAAGAUUGAUGACACCAUUAAACCCCGUAAAACACAGAACAGGCGAAUCAGAUACAAUUUUGUAUUUGAUCUGAACAAAAAUAAGGAAAAGAUUGUUCUGACCAAAGGCGUCGCUGGCAUUGGAAAAACGGUCUCAGUGCACAAGUUCAUUCUGGACUGGGCAGAAGGAAAAGCCAAUCAGAAUAUAGACUGUGUUUUCCUGCUUCCAUUCCGAAAGAUUAACUGCAUUAAAGAUGGAAAGAUCAGUCUGCAUGAGUUUCUACAGAGAUUUAAUCCAGAACUGCAGGACCUGGAAGCACCAAAGAUAUAUAAGAUAUAUAAACAUAAGCUUGCGUUUAUCUUUGAUGGACUGGAUGAGAGUCGACUGACUUUGAAUUUCGUCAGUGAAAUUGAGAGGAGUGUUGAAGAGCAAUUAUCUAUAGAUGAACUGUUCACAAGUCUGGUCAAUGGGACUCUGCUUCCAUCAGCUCACGUCUGGGUGACAUCACGACCAGCAGCAGCCAAUCAGAUCCCUCGUAAAUAUGUAGGGUUGUUCACAGAGGUACGAGGAUUCACCGACCCGCAGAAGGAUAAGUAUUUCCAGAAGAGAAUCACAGACGAGACUCAGGCCUCCAGAAUGAUCUCACACAUUAAGAAAUCUCGUAGUCUCUACAUCAUGUGUCACAUUCCCGUGUUCUGUUGGAUCACAGCCACUGUUCUUCAGGACAUUCCCAUUGGGAACAGUGCGGAGAACAUCGUCUCGACACUCACUGAAAUGUACAUCCACUUCCUGCUGAUACAGAUGAACAUGAAGAACCAGAAGCAUGGCAGAGAAACAGAAAGAGAUUGUCCCAAGCUCUUAGAAUCCAAUAAAACAAUGAUUCUGAAGUUAGCUAAGCUAGCGUUUGAACAGCUGAAGAAGGAGAACAUUGUGUUCUAUGAGGAAGAUCUGAGAGCAUGUGGUAUUGAUGUGAGUGAAGAAGACUUUGAGUCCACAGGAAUGCUCACUGAGAUCUUUCAGCAAGAAGCUGGACUUGGUGAGAAGGUCUUCUCAUUUGUGCAUCUGAGUGUUCAAGAGUUCCUCGCUGCAGUGUAUGUGUUCCUCUGCUACCUGAACAAGAACAUGGACGAGCUGCAGUUUUUCACUGAAGAAACACAAAACGAGCUGCAGAGUUCCUGUGAAGAAACACAAAGGGAUGUCAGACCUAAACGUGCAGGGUUUUUAUGGUCUGCAAAGCUGCACAAAACCAUCAAGAGUGUGUCUGUCAUCAAAAAGCCAGACAAAAAUAUUGCUUUACAUUAUUUACUAAAGAAGGCUGUUGAGAAAGCAAUGCAAAGUCAGAAAGGACAUUUGGACCUAUUUUUACGGUUUCUGAUGGGCAUUUCACUGGAAUCCAAUCAGAAACUGCUCAGAGGCCUGUUCCCACACACUGAAGACUGCAAAGACAGCGUCACAGAAAUAACCAAACACAUUAAAGAACUGUUACAAAACCAGGACAUCUCACCUGAAAUUUCAGUCAACCUGUUCUACUGCUUACUGGAGCUCAACGACAAUUCAUUAUAUAAAGAUAUCCAAAGAUACUUCAGAUCAUCUCCAGAAAGACCCCUCUCGUCUUCCAUGUGCUCAUUGAUGGCUUACGUACUGCUGAUGUCAGAGGAGGUGCUGGAGGAGCUCAACCCGAGGAGGUACAGUAAUGAUCCUGGAUGCCACAGGAAUCUCCUGCCAGCUGUGAGAUGCUGCAAAAGAGCCAUACUCUCCUCAUGUGGACUCAAUGACAUCUCCUGUGAAACUGUGGCUUUGGCCCUGAAGAUACCAAACUCACCACUGAUAGAGCUGGACAUGAGUUUCAAUGAGCUGCCGGAUUACUUCAUGAAGCUGCUCUCUGAUGGACUGACAAGCUCAAACUGUCAGCUGAAGAAACUGAGUCUUGCGGGCUGUAAUCUUAACAGUCAGGAUUGUGAAAUUGUGUCAUCAGCUCUUCAAUUCCCAAAUUGUGUCCUGAGAGAGCUGGACCUGAGUAACAAUGAGCUAAAGGAUUCAGGAGUGGAGUGGCUCUCUGGUGGACUGGAGAGUCAAAACUGUCAGCUGCACAUACUGAGGUUGUCUGGCUGUAGGGUGACAGAGAAAGGCUGUAAUUAUUUAUCUUCAGCUCUAAGUUUAAACCCCUCACACCUGAGAGAGCUGGAUCUGAGAAACAAUGAACUGCAAAAUUCAGGAGUCAAGCUGCUCUCUGACAAGCUGAAGGAUCCAAACUUCUCACUGCAGAUACUCAAUGUGGAUCAUUGUGGAAGAUUCAGAAGUACAGCAGGACUACACAAAUGGGCCUGUGAUCUCACACUGGAUCCAAACACAGCAAACACUUAUCUCAUUCUGUCUGAUGAGAACAGGAAGAUCACAUGUGUGGAAGAUCAUCAGUCGUAUCCUGAUCACCCAGAGAGAUUUGAUGAUGUUGCUCAGGUUCUGUGUGGAGAGAGUCUGACUGGACACUGUUACUGGGAGGCUGAAUGGAGCGGAGAUGCUGAAAUAUCAGUGACAUAUAAAGGAAUCAGCAGGAAAGGAGUAGGUGAUGAUUGUGUUUUUGGAUGCAAUGACAAAUCCUGGAGUCUGGACUGCUCUAAUAAAAGUUACUCUGUCCGGCACAAUAAGAACAGCACUUAUUUACCUGUCAUCAGUUCAUCCUCUAAUAGAGUAGGAGUGUAUGUGGACGUGUCGGCCGGCAUUCUGUCCUUCUACAGCGUCUCUGACACACACACACUCACACACUUACACACAUUCAACACCACAUUCACUGAACCCCUCUAUGCUGGAUUUACAGUUCAUUCUUAUUCCUCAGUAAGUCUGUGUGACAUUAAACAACCUCCUGUGAGAAACAACAGUGAUACAACCAGGUUCUCCUGCCGCAAUGAUCUUCAAAUGACUCCUACCAAAGAGGAGGAUCAAAAGAACAUCUCCACUGCAACAACUGAGAAAGACAAACUGCCUCUGAAUAGUGAGGCAGAUAAAGUACAAUUUUAUGAUAAAUAUUGGUCAAAGCUCAUUCAAAGAGUUACCAAUAUUAAGAUCAUUGCAGAUGAACUGCAUCAGCAGGAAAUAAUUAAUAUGGAACAGUAUUACAAAAUCACACAUGUUAAUUCAACCAGUCAGGACAGCAUGAGAGAGCUCUGUAACAUUAUAAGUACAGGGAAGAUUGAUUAUGUGAAAGCUGAAUUCAUCUCAGUUCUUCAGAAAGUGGAGCGUUGCCUUUUAGAACACUGGUUUGAUUCUUCAUCGUGAGCACAAGGUGCAUGAAUUUAAAACUGCUGAAGAAUUUUCUAGUGAUGAUACAGAAAACAUAUUGCUUUAUUCAAAAUGACCAAAAUAUACAUAGCAGCUAUCUCGUCUGCAAUUAGUGCAGAAUGCGGCAGCCAGAUUUUUAACAGGUACAAAAAUUAGAGAACACAUAACUCCAGUAUUAUCUACUCUUCACUGGCUUCCAGUCCAGUAUAGAAUUGAUUUUAAAAUUUUAUUGAUGGUUUUUAAAGCUUUUCACAACAUCGCCCCAAGUUAUAUCACCAACCUCUUAAAGGACCACACUCCAGUCAGGUCUCUGAGAUCAGGAGAUAAACUUAUACUGGCAGUUCCCCGCUCUUCAAAAAAAUCUAGGGGCGAUAGAGCUUUCAUGGUCAUCGCCCCAAAACUGUGGAACAGCCUCCCUUUGCAGAUUCGGCAGGCUUCAACUUUAGAAGGUUUUAAGUCUCAGUUAAAAACUUAUCUUUUUAAUUUAGCGUUUGUUGAGAAUAGACCAUGUUUAGGGAUAGUUUCGUGAUACAUUUAUAUAUUCUAUUUCAUUUGAUUUUUCAUUUGACUCGCUUUUAUGUAUUUUAUUCUAUCUUUAUCUCUUUAUUUGUUUUAAAUUCCUUUGUAUUAAUUGGUUUGAUAUAUAUUGUUUAUGUCUUUGUGAUAUUGUGAAGCACUUUGGGCAAUUGAAAUUGCAGUAAAAUGUGCUAUAUAAAUGAAUAAAGUUGAAAGUUGAAGAUGAAGCUAUGACUAUCUUCCAAAAUAUUAAUUCAUGCUAACAUUACGAAGAAAUCUCAAAUGUCAAAUCAAAUUUAAUUCAAAAUUUAUUUAUAUUUGUCUAACUAUGUAUUUCAUACUUGGUGAACUACAAAUGUAUAAAAGCAUGUAAAUAUUUUGGAUAAAGAUUACAAAAGAUGCAAACCGGAAAUUUUCUGAUGUUGAAAUAGGCUAUUCAAGUGAAUAUUUGAAGGGAACUGACUGUCUUCAAAAAAACUGACAUUUUCUUCUUAUAUCUUCUUGACAUCUUUCCUCCCUAUAAAGGGCCAGACAGAUUUCACUUUUCAUUCCAUUGAUUUAAAUUCAUACAUAUUGAAAUGCAUGAGAUUGGAAAUGCAAGAUCAUGUUUUGCUGUAUUCCAAGGUUCAAAGCCGGUUCUCAAUACUGUAUGUGUUCUUGAGUUCUUUGUGAAUCGUCAUCAGUCACUGCCCAAGUACUGUUUCCAUCAGGUGGUGUUAUGUGCAGACCUGAGACAGUUACGUCUCAAUGCAUCUCGCACCAACCAGCGAGCUUACGAUGAGGGAGGAGAAAACACUUAUUUUAUUGGAGAUUGUGAGGUUCAGGCGAUCACUAGGCACUCAACGCUCACAUACCCCGUCGAGAACAGCCUUAUCUUAGCGAGUCCUUCUGACAUUAGUUUCUGGUUCUGAUGUGUCUGUGGUGUAGAUAAACAUGAAAUAUCAUUUGUUUGGGGUAUAUAUAACAGGUAAUCUUUUUUCUCAUGUAUAUAUUUUUUCUGGACCAGGUAUUAUAACUUUAUAUUUUAUCUUUAAAAUAAAGUGCAGCUGCUUUUGUACUUUUAAA